CUAGUGAGGGUCCACUCUAGUCUAGUGAUCGUUCUGUUUCUAGGCGGCCGCUUUCCCGCAUGGACGUUUCCCAUCUAUACCCCUCCAUCAGUUCAGAAUGUUCAUGAUCAACGAGACAAAGCUUUGUGAGCUUUACCCAAGUAUGUGCACUGUUCAACAACAGACUAUCGCCGAUGGGGUUUUCCAUCUUCAAUUUGAUCCAGUGAUGCGACACAAAGUUGCUUUGGAUCCUAAGGAUAUAUUCCGGUGUACCAUGAAAUCUACCGUGCCAGUUUGUUCUUCAUUUAACUGUCUAGACGUAACAAGGAGGAGUUAUUUCCGGCCGCCAUCGUCCAUGUGCUACACCAUGGACGCUAACCAUUGGGCAGGCGAGAGUCAUCGCUUCAAGAAAUGCAACAUGCCCUGGACUUGGGAUCUCACCAUACGAGCAGACUGGAGGCCAGACAAGGUCAUGCAACUGCAGAACUCGGAGAAGUUGCCAUUGGUCGUGCACAGAUCCGAAACAUGCCCACCAGACAGACUCUCGUCAAUAGCCAUAAAACCAGGACUAAGUUACACAGUGUCUGUGGCACAACAAACUGUGAGACGACUGCCGCCGCCGUACGCCUCGAAAUGUACAGACUACAAGUCAAUGGGCAUAAAAGAAGAGUUCACUGGUUACCUAACACAAGAUUUGUGUGUCCAGGAAUGCUUAAUUCACGUAGAAAAGCAGACAUGUGGUUGUAUCAGGUCAACCCACGAAUUUGCGGCCAACUUUCCGGUACCUACUUGCAACCACCAAGCACAUGUGGUAUGUGAUAAGCAGGUAACCAACGCUACACUUCAAAAGUGUCUGAAAAAGUGCGGACCCCCGUGCGAGGAGACGUCGUAUGACGUUCGUUUGACCAGCCUUGGAGAGGAACGGAAACAUAAAGACAGGAUAGCCUUUGGAGUGUCCGUGAAGUUUUCAUCAGAUUCUCAGAAGAUAUUCGAGUAUCAACCAAAGCUAACGGUAAUCGAGGCUUUCGGUUACAUGGGCGGCUACAUCGGUAUGUGGUUGGGCCUGUCCCUCUAUUCCCUAAUAACGGAUGGUGAAAAAUGGAUGAGGAAUUUUUUCCUCAGACGCGCUGCGAAAGCCAAAGAAGGAAAAAAGAUGGCCGUGAAGGAAAGCUUGAUGAAGACUGUAUUUCCAUCAAGGAUCAUCCCCGUCACUUCGGUGGAUAAACGAACAACGGGUGCGAGUGAACCGGCUGCAGUUCAUCGCCGCUUUUGAAGUUUAUGCCGACAACAGAAUUAUAGAAGUUAUAUUAUGUUGUUUUCAGAAGUCGUCGGAUUUUCACGUGGUUAGAGUCGAUAAACGGUAUAUGAUGCCGAAGAAUAAAGGUAUAA